AUGGAGCACUCUCUCAGCAAACAGACACGAUUCAUGUCACGAGAACGGUCUCCGAACCCUGGCAUUCGAGUAUCCGUAGCUUCAUCGGUUGAGCACGACCUGGAUCGAUACGACCACGCCGACGGGCUGGCUCGGGAGUUACAAGCAUAUGGGCUCCCCGACAAAAGUCAGCUGUCACCAGAUGAUGAAGAUUACUCGUCGUCAUCAGACUUCGUGUCAAUUAAAAACGUCGAAGAUUUCGGGUUUGGGGCUUCAUGGUCUCGCCAGUUACAGAAGUAUGCUUCCAGCGACCACACACCGAACGUCAUCGGGCUGGACAUAGAGCAGUCGGCACCAGAAAAAGAGCAAGAGAACGAUUCAGGGCCAAACAUAUCGCACCCUUCCGAUGCAGAUUUGUUACGAAUUGGCGAAUUUCUCGCAUCUCCACCCCCGGCGAAACGCGCAAGCGCCCAGGAUUUCCGAGCGCACCUCGAAAAAGAUUUGAGUGAAGAGGUGACAGUUUCAUAUCUGGAACGUCAAUUACACUUAGCACAGUUGGACUCGAAGCAUGACUCCAAUAGCGCCUAUGAGUACUUCAUCCCCCAGGAUAAGCUGUUCACGAUCCUGAGCAAAAACAAUGUUAUGUACCUCUUCCAGCAUAUAUUUCCGGACGAUUCGCCCCGUCAGAUACGAGAUAGAGUAGCCAUCGUGUGUAGUGAGAACCAUUCUGUCAGCCGCCGCUUGAUACUGGCAGUCCUUAUAAUAAUCGGCAAAGCCCACUACAUCGAUGACUUCCUUCGUCACAGCAUAUGCGAUAUCAAUCUCCCCCUUAGGCCUCAUCGCACGCAAGAUGAGGCACUCUCGAGGAAAAAUCCAUUUCAUCGAAGGCAGGACGACGACAGCUUGACUCCACUUACAGUAUUCCAUAACUGGGAACAGAGGGCUCUGAGGUUCUUCCUUCAUACACAAUACGAGGUCCUUGCCCCAUUCUUGGAAGUUGGGGGCCCGCGAGUUUGCUUCUACAAGUUUGACCCCAAAACUCCCCUCCCGUUUCUCGAGUGUACGUGGGUCCAGAACGGUGGCCAUGGAACAGUUUGGAGAGUGAAAAUCCAUCCCGCCCACCACGGCUUUCGACACUCUCUGGGAAGCGAGAACCCUUUUUUUGCAGUAAAGGCUGUUCAUUCCAAAAAGUACGAGCGAUAUCGUGACGAAGUCAAAGUUCUGGAACGAUUUAGCGGCAGUGCAACUGGCCACCCUCAUCUCAUCCGGCUUUUUAUGGCAUUCAAACAUGGCGAGAACUAUUACCUUCUUUUCCCGUGGGCUACAGGCAACCUCACAGACCUCUGGAGGACCGAUCCGCUGCCAACUAGAAGUGCCGAAAAGACGCGAUGGCUCUUUGACCAAUGCCUUGGGAUAGCCGACGGGUUGAAGAAAAUCCAUCGUCACGGAUCUUGGCCCAAGCAGCAAAGAUCAGGCGGCCAUUCACAGCAGGAGGAGAACGGAAAGGAUCUCGGAAGGCAUGGGGAUAUCAAACCAGAGAACAUACUUUGCUUCGACAUGGAUCACAGCGUGGAGCAACGUUUGGUCAUUGCAGACUUCGGCCUGACUAAGUUUCACUCGUCACAAGCUACAUCAGAGAUCACUACCCCUAGCAACCUUCGUGGCUUGACUCGAACCUAUCGACCUCCGGAAUUCAGUCUGGAAGCACCUGUGUCACAAAAAUGUGAUGUUUGGAGCCUAGGAUGUCUUUAUCUUGAGUUUAUCACGUGGUACCUUGUCGGAUUCGACAAAACACGUGCCCAAAGCCCUGGAACCUUCAACAGUCUACGCCUUCAAGAUGACGAUAAAAGUGAUCCCGGCCUCUUCGCCGAGGAUAUUGCCGAAGACAAGUUCUUCAAUCUUUAUCCACAGUGCAACGACGGAAGAGGGACUUUCCAAUAUGCUGCAGAUGUAAAGACUUCUGUUAGAAAGUGGAUUAUAUAUCUGCGUGGGCUAGAACAAUGUUCAGAAGCUAUUCAAGACUUCUUGAACUUGAUCGAAAUUCACAUGCUCGUUCCAGUUAUCCAUAUGCGGGCGGACAUGCGUAACGUCCAGCGCAGGCUGAAAAUCAUGGCAGAUCGCUGUAACGGGAGUGAUAACUAUUGCACGGUCCGUCCAUUGACUACGCCCGAUCAUAGCAGGCCUAAAGCAGCUCCAGCUAUUGGAGGUCUCAGACCUGCAAUUCAUCAGCGCAUGCUGAGACCAGAGCACUCCACCGGGGCCGAUAGUGGCCGGCUACUUCUUGACACAGAAAUCGACAGUGAGCUAUUCCGGGAAGGUCUCAUCGACGAUGGUCAAAAUGCGGAGCGUGGGCUAGGUGUUUCAACAUCACGGCCUAUGCUUCCCAACGGCCCUCAUGACCAGCCAACUAGUCGAAGGCCAUACCUUGGCGACAAAAGAGCCCCCGCCUUUGUUCCUCAAGAGUCGACCAUGACGGUCCCAGAUUCUCAAUCAUCAAGAACGCACGCACCGUCCACCAGCGCCACAACUCCGCCAGGCAGUGCCCACAAUAGCCAUGAAGACUUCAGGAUGAUUAGUGACGUUCCUCGUUCUUUGACUUCAACGUUCUCGACCACUGCCACGGAGAACUCAAGAGAGAGAGUUCUUAAGGGGAAUGCGAAAAGAGCACCUCGAUCGACCGAGGUCAGAGAUGGCGCCCCAGCUCCGCGAUAUCAAGGAUCCUUACGUGCCACUUCACCUGCUGAUGGCCGACUUCCGAGCACGGCAACGUCGUACACUGCAGCAAGCGAUAAUCCAGUCGCAUAUGAUGACACACAUAGAGAGACAGAGCACAAGGCGCAUGUACUUCCUGUGGGAGUCCUGCAUAGGGAUGCGCCCAUGGCAGAUGAACGACGGCGUAUUUUAUCGCAGCACAGAGAGCAGAGAUCUUUGCAACGCUUCAGGCGACGACUUCGCCGCAUUUGCAAAGACUUGCGGGAGAUUUUCACAAUACUUGACCCACACAAGAGGCGAAGAUCUGCUCACUUGGCCUUAUGA